CCGAGCUUGAGAGCGCGCGGGGUCGCUGGCGACGUCUGUGCACGUCCGCUGCCUUCCUUGAGCAGCGAAAGAUUGGCAACGAACUGUUCCGCCGCCAGUAAUUCCCGAAUCACUUGCCCUGCGUGAGGACAUUCACAUCUCUUUUCGCUGCUGACAAUAACAAUACUAGCGGCUUCGCCAUCUGCGUACACGACUCCAGCGACUCAGUUUCGACGACUCCGUAGACCCGUCGACCGCGCCGACAGUGAAGGACCGUGAUAAACACCGCGACCGACGCGCGAACCAUACCCAGCCUGACAUCAAUAAGACGCGAGUGCCGACUCCAGGCGUAUGGCAACGGACAAACAACGGCAAUCGCCCCUUUCCGCCACGGAAGCAUGGGAAAGGCUGGAGAAGACCCUGUCUCGACCCAUAGAAGGCCGUAAAAGUCGAACACAGGUCAAUGAUGCGAAGGAUAUUUUGGACGAGUCACCAACAGGGACGAAACGCAAGAGAUAUCAAGCCUUUCUCUUCGAAGUUUUGCGCAAAUGUGGGCCAACCUUCGUUGUACUGUGCGCUAUUGGUCUAGGCCAGGCCAAUAUCGCCAACAUGAAUGCAGCAAGUCGUUCGUCACUACUGGGCAUACUCGAAAAGAAGAAAGGGCUUCCUCUUAUCAGAAACCUCAAAGAUAUAGUGCCAACCCGAUUAAAAGAUAUUCAUGUCGCAUCUCAUCCACGACCCGUUGAGAAGAUUCGAGACCAGUAUCACAUCUACAAGUUCGCCACAAUAGAUAAUCCUGCGUUCUCGAGCUAUUUCCCUCCGCGCCUUCUACAAGCUAUAAAUGACAGUGCUCUUUGGGCUUGGGAAAUGCGGAAAUCGUCGACAGAAACUGAAAUUGUUAGGACGGACGUACCUUGGUCAGCAUUUGAAGACUGUAUGAUGUUCUUGGAAGUUGGCUCUGCUCAAGGGAUCAUCGCUAUGUUGUUUACACCCGACAAACGUACACCAUGCCCUUCGUGCUGUCCCGACCAUUACUUCCUUAGAGGCGCUUCCAUAGAAGCAAUAUCUGCCCUCUUCGGUGCAUAUUUAUCCCAGGCUAUAGACGAGAGUGAAUUGCGAAAGUGGGAAAAGGAAAACCAGCAGCUGGAGACGACCGAUUGUGUGGAGAUGCAGCUGCUUCGAGACUCGACUUCGCCCCAUGGCAUACUCAAACUGCGAAUUGGAUGGAGGCUAGGUAACCCAAUAGUGAAUUCGUUGUAUACAUAAUCCACACAAUUGCUACACCACUUUCGACCGGCC